CUGAAUCCACCCCACAGAGUGAAGUCGAUUUCAAUGACUACUUUCACACAACAGGAAAUAGAAUUUCUGCAGAAACAUGGAAAUGAAGUGUGCAAACAGAUUUGGCUAGGACUAUUUGAUGACAGAUCAUCAGCAAUUCCAGACUUCAGGGAUCCACAGAAAGUAAAGGAAUUUCUACAGGAAAAAUAUGAAAAGAAAAGAUGGUAUGUUCCUCCAGAGCAAGCAAAGGUGGUGGCAUCUGUCCAUGCCUCCAUAUCGGGGUCUUCUGCUAGUAGUACAAGCAGCACACCUGAGGUGAAGCCACUUAAAUCUCUUUUGGGAGAAGCUGCACCAGCACUGCACUUAAACAAGGGCACACCUAGUCAAUCUCCUGUUGUAGUUCGAUCUCAAGGACAGCAGCCACAAGAAAAGAAACAAUUUGAUCUUCUCAGUGACCUUGGCUCAGAUAUCUUUGCUGCUCCUGCUCCUCAUUCAACUGCUACAGCGAAUUUUGCUAACUUUGCACACUUCAACAGUCAUACAGCGCAGAACUCUGCAAAUGCAGGUUUUGCAAACUUUGAUGCAUUUGGACAGUCUAGUGGCUUGAGUAAUUUUGGAGGUUUCCCCACAGCAAGUCAGUCUUCUUUUCAGCCCCAAAAUACAGGUGGAAGUGCUGGAUCAGUGAAUGCUAACUUUGCUCACUUUGAUAACUUCCCCAAAUCCUCCAGUGCUGAUUUUGGAGCCUUCAGUGCUUCUCAGAGCAACACAACAGCAACAGCAGUCAGUAAAGCUGCAGUGAAUAAACAGAAUCUCCAGUCAGCAGACAAAUAUGCAGCUCUUGCUAAUUUAGAUAAUAUCUUCAGCACAGGACAAGGUGGUAGUGAGCAAGGAAGUGGCUUCAGCACUGCAGUGACAGCAUCAGCAGGUCCUGCUUUGUCAGCCCCAAGUCAGUCAAGUGCAUCUUCAGACAAGUAUGCGGCUCUAGCAGAGUUAGACAGUGUGUUCAGCUCCACAGCAACCUCUAGUAAUGCAUAUACUUCCACCAGUAACGUUAGCAGCAAUGCUUUUGGAACAGUACCUGUGGCUGCUACUGCACAGACCCAGCCCGCAUCUUCGAGCGUGCCUGCUCCGUUUGGAGCAACACCUUCCACAAAUCCAUUCGUAGCGGCCCCUGUUGCCCCAGUGGCACCUUCAACGAAUCCAUUCCAGACAAAUAGCCGAGGAGCAACAGGCCUCUCGGGAGCAAUGCACUCUCACAUAUUUCCUCAGGCUCAUUUUGCAGCAACAUUUGGCACUGCAUCCAUGAGCAUGCCUGCAGGAUUUGGAACUCCUGCCUCCUACAGUCUUCCUACUAGUUUUAGUGGCAACUUCCAGCAGCCCACAUUCCCAGCCCAGGCAGCUUUCCCUCAACAGACUGCUUUUGCUCAGCAGCCAAAUGGAGCAAGUUUUGCUGCAUUUGGACAGGCAAAGCCUGUAGUAACUCCUUUUGGACAAGUUGCAGCUGUUGGAGUAUCUAGUAAUCCUUUUAUGGCUGGUGCACCAACGGGACAAUUUCCAACAGGAAGCUCAUCAACCAAUCCUUUCUUAUAGCCUUAUAGACACUUUACCUAAAAGAACUCUUAUGUGGUCACAUAACAUCUCUGCGCCUCUUGCACUGUUGUCUUGUUUCACUGAUAUUAGCUUUAAACACAAAAAAAGUAAAGUAAAAAUAAAAGCCUGCAUUGUGUACCUUAGGAAGAAAAAAAAAACAGUACAAAACAAAACCACCCCCUGCCCCCCAUGAGGUAAUAAUGUGCAAAACAGAGGGCUGUGGUAACAUCCUUGAACCUGUGAAUUGGCAGGUAAAAAGUAGCGGUAUCAUGUAUAUUAAAAUUGGCUAAUAAGUUAUUGCAGAUACCACAUUCAUUAUGCUGCAGUACUGUACAUAUUUUUUCUUAGAAAAUAGCUAUUUGUGCAUAUCAGUAUUUGUAACUUUAACACAUUGUUAUGUGAAAAAAAAAUGUUACUGGGAAAUAGAUCAGCCACUUUUAAGGUGCUGUUGUAUCUCUUGGAAUGAAUGAGCUACAUCAUUUUAACCAUUGGUAUUGGAAGUCAUGAAGUUAAAUUGAAGGUUUAUUCAUUUCUCAAAAUGUUUUCCUUUCCUAAGAGCUCUUCUAUUUAUACAUGCCUAAAUCUCUAAUGUUAGAGGGAUACCUGUCUGCAUAAUAAAGCUGAUCAUGUUUUGCUACAGUUUGCAGGUGAAAAAAAAUAAAUAUUAGAAAAA